UUAAGAGACACGCUCCUGAAACAAGAACGAAAACUGACGGCCAAAACACGCACACACACACACACACAGAUAGAGACUACAACCACACAGGCAGAGGCAACCAGUCUGUACCUGAUCUCUUACCUGAUGAAGUGACACCGCUGGACUCGGAGUGGACAGGGUUUUUUUUCUUUCAGAGAAGGAUACCUUCAGGUUGUAAGAGAGGAGGUCAGGUUAGAGAAAAGCUGGUUGGACUUCACAGCCAGCAUGCUCCGGCAGUCUCUGAGCAUCUUGAAGCAGUUUGGCUCUACAGCGAGGACACAAGAUGCCACUGAACUUCUACAUGAAGACCUCGUCAUGGUGGAGCAGCGGGUGGAACCAGCCAAGAAAGCGGCACAGGUGCUGUACAAGAAGCUGCAUAGCUGCAUGCAGAGUCAGACGGGGCUGGAGACCGAAAAACGAAUGAAAAAGCUCCCUCUGAUGCUGCUGUCUAUCAGCAUGGCCGAAAGCCUGAAGGACUUUGAUGCAGAGUCCCCUAUCAGGAAGGUGCUGGAGAUGUGCUGCUUCAUGGAGAAGAUGUUGGCCAACCUGCUGGCAGAGUUUGAGAUGAAAGUGGAGAAGGAAGUCCUGGAGCCCCUCAACAAGCUCAGCGAGGAUGAUUUGCCAGAGAUCCUAAAGAACAAGAAACAGUUUUCGAAGCUCACUACAGACUGGAACAAUGCAAGAACCAGGAGCCAGGCCAGCACUGGUCCCCAGGCAAAGCAGGAUGGCCUCAGGGAGGAAGUGGAGGAGGCUUGGAGGAAGUUGGAGAGCAUCAAGGACCAGUAUUCAGCAGAUUUGUAUUGCUUUGCAACUAAAGAAGAUGAUUACGCUAACUACUUCAUCCGUCUUCUCGAGCUGCAAGCAGAAUACCACAAAAAUUCACACGAGUUCCUGGAAAGAAACAUCAACGAGCUCAAAGAGGAUCACACUCAAAAAGGGCCACAGCCAAGCCUCUCUAAUCAGAAGGUGUACGGGGAGCCUCUGCUCACUCAUCUGUCUCGAAGCAGCAGAGAAAUCUCUGCACCCAUCCAGGAGUGUAUUCACAUGCUGCUGAGAACAGGCAUGAGAGAGGAGGGUCUGUUCCGGCUGGCGGCAGCAGCCUCGGUGGUGAAGAGGCUGAAGAUUUGUCUGAAUCAAGAGAUGGUCGACCACAGCGAGUUCAGCAUGGACCCUCACGCUGUGGCCGGAGCUUUGAAGUGUUACCUGAGAGAGCUCCCUGAACCUCUAAUGACCUUUGACCUCUACAAUGACUGGUUUAAAGCAGCAGGGGAAAAAGACAUGACAGAGAAGUUGGAACAGUUCAAAGUCCUGCUGAAGAAACUGCCGCCUGAAAAUUACAACAACCUCAGGUACCUGGUCCAGUUCUUGUCUCUGUUGUCGGAGCAGCAGGCUGUAAACAAGAUGACCCCCAGCAACAUUGCCAUUGUCCUGGGGCCCAACCUGCUCUGGCCAAAAGUUGAAGGGGAAAUAGCUCUGUAUGACAUGGCGUCAGCUUCCUCAGUCCAGGUGGUGACGGUCAUUGAGCCUCUUAUUCAGUACAGCUCCCAGCUCUUUCCUGAAGCUGUAUCCUUUGAGAUCCCUGAGCUUCCUGAGCUCCCAGAUCCAACCCUGUCUGCCCCUGUUGCCCAGUGUGUGAUGUCACAGAAGGAUAAACUGAACAGAUCCAUGUCCUCUUCCUCUACUACCUCCUCCUGCUCUUCUUCCUUUCACCUCCCUCUCUCCAAGACGAACAGUGAAACCUCUCAGGACAGUGGGGCCUUCUUCUUGGUAAAAUCCGGCUCUGUGAGUCGCGGUGGCACCACCACAUGGGCCAGCCCCGUAGCCGAGACACCACCAUCUCUGGCCCAACCGAGCACGACACCCAGCAGCUCGGCCACCGUCGAUCCCAUUCUUGCCUUGACAGCAAACACGAUCCCAAACCCACCUCCCAGAGCUGCAGGAUCAACAUCAAGCUCAGGACCCACCCAGAAGCAGUGUUCAGAUCUGGAGCCAAUAAUGGAGGCACCCCCAGACUCACCCAGAGCCUUGUUAAAGAUGUCUGUACCGUACAAACCAAAGAGAUCUUUCAACGUGAGCAAAGAUAACGAUCAGGCGACAGUUCACUUCACCAAACCGAAACCUGCAGUGGUUCCUAAGCUCCAGGCCCCGCCAGCACCACCACCCACCACAGCUACAGCUACAGCAGCGGAUACAAAGACUCAGCCAACGCCAGCACCUCGAGCCUGCCCCAAGAAGCCUCCGCCCAGAAAGCCUGGACUCAAAGCCCCAAACUGUCCCCCACCACUUCCUCCUCCUUCUAUAGCACAGUGAGAAAAAUGAUGUAUGUGUGAAUUUUUCUUGUUCUUGUACAUCUUCAAAGAUGAAAGGUGUAAUGGCUGUUUAGUUAAAUACAGCUGAAAUAUUUGUGUGACAUUACAUUUGCAUUUUGAACUAAUUUGCUAGUUGUUGUGAUAUACCAACCAGUAUGUAUUUUGAGGUAAAGUGUUGCAGCUUCAUUUGCGAUUGUUGUUUCUUUUGUUUCCCCACUGUUCUGUAAUCGGUAUAGCCUAAUUUAUUUAUUCUUCCAAUAACAAUUGUGCCACAUUUCCCAAAAUCCAAACUACAUGCAGGAAAGUGUUUCUGGUUGAAAAAGUAGCCAGACAUUCAAAACAAACCUCCAGUUUCUUUUUUCAGGGUGGAAUUCCCAUAUGUCUAUAUAUAUAUGUCUAUGAACUUAUAGUAUCCAUAUUGACUAAUAAAGAAUAAGAAAAUUAUUUAAUGAAUCUUGAGGCUGAAUUGUGGGUUUUGAUUUGGAACUUUUCAGUUGUUAAUUGAUACUCCACCCCAAAAUCUGUCCUCCACAGAGCUCUGAUGAUCUUGAAUUCAUGUCAGAUACAACAAAGGGACCAAAAACAAUUGACUUUUUUCAGGA